AUGCUGUUGCACAUGGACUUAACUUUGGACCUCCAGAAGGGUGUAAUUUCUUCCAUCACUCAGAAGGACGAUGGCGAAAGUUUAAAUACCAAUUAUUUGACUCCUUAUCUGGAAUCUUUGGGACCAAACUUCACAAACGGGGCUAAUUUUGCAAUAAGUGGUUCAUAUACUCUUCCUAGAUCUGUUCUAUUUAGUUUGGAUGUUCAAAUUCUUCAGUUCAGAAGAUUCCACAAUCCAAAGGACUUCAGAAAUGCCCUGUACACGAUUGACAUCAGUCAAAACGAUCUGUCUGUAGCAUUUGGGCAUCUUUCCUAUGUGCAAGUUACAGAAAAAGUGCCUUCCUUUAUCUCUGAAAUUGAAGAUGCUAUCCGGAGUCUCUAUCAACAAGGCGUGAAAAAUUUCUGGGUUUACAAUACUGGUCCAUUGGGUUGUUUGCCUCAAAAAUUUGCCACAAGUAGCAAAAAUGUAAGUGGUUUGAAUCCGUAUGGAUGCCUUCAUCGUCUUAAUGAAGGUGCAAGAGUAUUCAAUGAAAAACUAAGAGCACUAUGUGAAGGACUGAGAUCUGCAAUGAAGAAUGCUACUAUUGCGUACAUGGAUGUUUAUGCCAUUAAGUAUGACCUCAUUGCCAAUUCCGCUAUAUAUGGUUUUGAGAAUCCUUUAAUGGCAUGUUGUGGCCAUGGUGGGCUGCCAUAUAACUACAAUCCCAACAUUAAAUGUGGCCAAUUUGGUUACGAAGUCUGCGAAAGCCUCUCGAUACAUUAG